AUGGUGGAUUACUAUGAAGUUCUCGGAGUACAGAGAUAUGCUUCACCCGAGGACAUUAAAAAAGCUUAUCGUAAAGUGGCACUUAAAUGGCACCCUGAUAAAAAUCCAGAAAAUAAAGAAGAAGCAGAGAGAAAAUUCAAAGAAGUAGCUGAGGCAUACGAGGUAUUAUCAAAUGAUGAAAAACGGGACAUUUAUGAUAAAUAUGGCAAGGAAGGAUUAAAUGGUGAAGGUGGAAGUCAUUUUGAUGAUGAAUAUGAGUAUGGCUUCAUAUUCCGUAAGCCAGAUGAUGUCUUUAAAGAAAUUUUUGGGGAAAGGGACCCAUUUUCAUUUCACUUCUUUGAAGACUCACUGGAGGACCUUUUAAAUAGUCCAAGAAGUUUCUAUGGGAGCAGAAGAGGUGCAGAAUGCUUUUUCUCUACUGCCAGUGAACAUCCAAUUUCUGAGAGAUUUUCUUUCUAUGAUGCAGGAUAUAGACCAUAUAAUUUACUGGGGCCUGAGGGCCUUCCUUCAUUCUCUUCCGUGGCAUUUGAUGACAGUAGGAUGGGCAGCUAUAUAUCUGUUACAACUUCAGGCAAAAGAAUUAAUGGCAGAAACAUUAAUACGAACAAAAUUUUUGAGAACGAUCAAGGAAUAGAAGACAUACAAGAUGAUAGUGAGUUGAAAUCCUUCUUUGUAAAUGGUGUAGCAGAUGAAGAAAGCUUUCCAGAAGAAUGCAGCUGCAGCAGACAGUCAUUUAACAAUUACUCACCUAAUUUCUAUAGCACCAAACAUGUGCCUCAAUAUACUUUUGUGGACAAUGAUGAGCAAGGUAUACCUUGCAUUACCAGCAACCGGGAUCCCUCUAUUUUCUCAGCAGGAUUCAAAGAAGAUGGUAAGAGGAAAAAAAAGAAGCACAAAGAAGUGCAGAAAAAGAAGUCAACCAAAAGGAAUCUCUAA